AUGUCCACGGCCGCCUCCUCGCCCUUCCUGCCGGCCCCAGAGUGGGGUGGAGCCUCCCCAUAUGGGAAUUCCAAGACCCCUUGUGGUCCCCCACAUCUCUCGCAGAGGAAUCACAGGGAAAUUAGCAAGGCGACUUCAUCUAGGGACGACAAUGGGGAAAGUCUCCCAGGACGGGGGCAGCUGAUGGCGUGGGGAUCCGUGUGCCAUGCUGAAUGCAUGAACUGUACUUGGCUCAGCGACAUGAGCGAGCGGCUGACCACGCUGGAGACCAAGGUUCUCCUGCUGGAAGCAGCAGAGCGGCCCUCGAGCCUAGACAACGACCUGCCAGCCCCGCAGAGCACUCCGCCGCCCUGGAACGAGGACUUCCUCCCUGAUGCCAUCCCUCUUGCCCACCCGGGACCCCGAAGGAGAAGACCCACAGGCCUGGCCGGGCCCCCGGGGCAAACAGGACCACCAGGGCCUGCAGGUCCCCCAGGCUCCAAAGGUGACCAGGGCCAGACUGGAGAGAAGGGCCCAGCGGGGCCUCCUGGGCUAUUGGGGCCGCCAGGGCCCUGUGGACUUCCUGGAGAGAUGGGGCACCCUGGUCCCCCAGGACCCCCUGGCCCAGCAGGCAGCCCAGGCCUCUCUCCAAAUGGCCCCUAAGGUGUCCUCUACUCCCUGCAGCCACCUACAGACAAAGACAAUGGAGACUCACAGCUGGUAUCUGCCAUCGUGGACACCGUGCUGGCAGGCGUCCCAGGGCCCCGGGGCUCCCCCGGCCCACUAGGUCCCCCUGGACCACAUGGUCCCCCAGGACCCCCAGGAACACCCGGAUCCCAGGGCCUGGCUGGGGAGCAGGGCACGGCUGGGCCAUCUGGUGAGCCUGGAGUGGACGGGGAGAACGGGGAGAAGGCCGCCGCCUCUGCGGAGGGCGAGGGGGUGCAGCAGCUGCGGGAGGCCCUGAAGAUCCUGGCCGAGAGGGUCCUCAUUCUGGAGCACAUGAUUGGGAUCCACAAUCCCCUGGCCUCCCCUGAGGGGGGCUCCAGCCAGGAUGCCGCCCUGAGAGCCAGCCUCAAGAUGAAGCGCGGUGGCCCUCAUGCUGAUGGCGCCCUUGCUGUCCUGCUUGGUCCCAACCCUGGGCAGAAGAACGCUGAUGGGGCCAGCGACAGGAAGUAA